UACUCAAAAAAAUAUUAUCUCUUGAUUAGUAAUUCAUUUCUGCACCUACUUGUUCUUCUGCACCGCUUGUAUUUUAGUUGUAUAAUUUGUCUACUUGGUUUCUAUUGGCGAUUGAUCUAAGAAAAAUGAAGUUUAAAAGUAUUAUUAAAAAUACAACGGCAACCAAUGGGUUUUUAUUAACCUCCUAUGCUUACACAGUAAUGCCAGUGGUAUUAGCCAAGGAUGAACAAGAGCCCAAACUGGUCAGACCUAGUGAUUUAUCAAUAUACCCUGAUGAAACGAAAGAAAAGAAAAUCGAAAAAGAAGAUAAUUGGCAACCAACAUUAGCAUUAGGUUCAAUUCAAAAAGUUAGAGAAGAAAUUCUCAGCCUAAAUCAACAAUGGUCCAAAGUCAAGGAUAGAAUAUACAUUUUUAUUCAGACUGGGGCCAGCCACACAGAAUCUUUUGUGGGCGAUUUGAGGCAAGAAAAUAAUUCUGCCCUCCGAGCUGGAUUUGUAGCAGGAAGCGGUUUGGCUGGUUUAUUAAUAGCAGCUAGAAAAGGAAAAUUUAAAAAGCUAGUUUAUUCCACAACUGGAGCAACAGCUGCAUUUUACGUUGGUUAUCCAAAAGAAUCUGAAGAAGCUACUAAAAUCAUCAAACGUUAUUCAAUUGUCUCCUAUCAUUUGAUAAAUAAUGUAACCAAGGAUUUAACUGGUUUCGAGUUACCAUCAUUGCCACUACCUAAAGCUGAGUCCCAGUCAGACAGUUCAGAAGAUAGUAGCAAACCUGAUGUGAAAGAACUAUUCUUUUCAUUGAUUGACUAUGUGAAAGGACCAUUGGAUUCUUUUAAACAAUUGGUUUUUAAUGGAAAAAAUGGACCAGAUGACAAGGGUAAAUAACUACUCAACAAAGUUAACACAUAAUGUAUUUGUUAGUACAUAACUGUUAAAAGUAAACAUAUUUAUUAGUGAAAUUA